UUACCGGUAAUUGAAAAAGCGACAUGCGUGCGACUGCACUGCUCAUUUGACAGUGCACCAUCUCCCAUUCGACUCGAUCAAUUUGCAUCGCAUACAUCCAUUGCAACAAGGCUGGCUGGCUGGCUGACAGAGCGCAUAAUCUUAUCAGCUGUUGUAUUUUGUGCUGUGAUCGGCGGUGUUUUUCCUGCGGUCGGCUUCCUGCUUCGAACAAACGGCAUCUCGUAAGCGAGCAGUUUACUUUCACUUUCUGGAGGCGAUUUGCUUCCGCCCCAACACAAUCGAGAGCUCACAAGGAACUGGUUUGAUACACCCGAAACCGUAACCCGGUUCUCCACAGAGCAGCAACAGUGGAAACGAUUGUGCUCAUUACUUGCUCGCACUGCUUACGUGGAGCACACCACAGGUCGGUUUGUUCGCAGGUGGGGGCAAAUACAAAAUUUGCCCAAUAAUAGUGUGUUUCUUCUAAACGAUCCUCGUGCGUAUUCCCGUGUGUCAUUAGUUUGCCCUUCCGCGGUGUACGUCCGACAGUGUAAAACCGCGGUUUUUUUUGUUGUUGUUGUUCGUAAGUCCAAAGGUCAACGGUCGCCCCCAAAUGAACAUGACUCGCUUGAUUCAAUCUCGAACCGCAGCUACACCACUCGGGAGACUGCUUACAUCAGCCAGUACAACAGCAGCAGCUGGCAAAAUGGUUCCCAACACUACCCACCAAACCUACGGAACAUCGGCGGCAACGGCCGGACCGCUGGCACUCCAACGCCAGCCCGUACCGAAGCUCUCCGAUACGAUGCAGAAGCUGGUACGAUCGAUCGAACCGCACGUCGAUACAAACACGCUGGCCGGAACCAAGCGUGCGAUCGAGCAGUUUAGCGCACCGGGAGGAGUGGGCCAAAAGCUGCAAACCUUGUUGGAGCAACGUGCCGCCCAAAAGGAUAGCUGGCUUGCCGACUGGUGGCUGCGCAGUGCGUACAUGGAGUACAGGGAUCCGGUCAUUGUGUACUCUAGCCCGGGUCUUGUCUUCCCGAAGGCCAACUACGCAACGCUCGACGGGCAGCUGCAGUACGCGGCCAAAAUGGUUUCGGCUGCGCUCGCCUACAAGAUGCUUAUCGAUGGUGGAAAGAUUAAGCCCGAAAUGAUGGGCAAGAUCCCGCUGGACAUGUCGCAGUACGAGAAGAUCUUCGGCACUUGCCGCAUUCCGGGGAGGGAACGCGAUUCCGUACAGUACAACCCGCGGUCGAGGCACAUUGUGGUUGCGUGCAAUAACCACUACUAUCGGGUGCCAGUCUUCACCUCCGCUGGCGGCCUAGCGAGCGAGGGCCAAAUUUUGGUAGAAUUGAAAAAGAUCGCUACCAAGGAAGGUAACGCACGGGCCAGCCCCGUUGGCAUCUUGACCGCCAACCACCGGGACAGCUGGGCACGAGCGUACGAAACGCUGAUGGCCGAUCCGACCAAUCGAGCCGCUGUGGAAUCGAUCCAGCAGGCACUGUUUGUGCUUUCGAUCGAUCGCGAACUUCCCCAGAAGCCUGGAACGGAUCAUAUCGUAACGGCAAGCGAUCUGCUAAUCCACGGCGGCGGUUCGAAUGCGAACGGUGGUAACCGAUGGUACGACAAAACGAUCCAGCUGGUCGUAGCACCGAACGGUAUCAACGGCCUAACGUACGAACAUUCGCCAGCCGAAGGACAACCGAUAGCGAUAAUGACGGACUUUCUGCUCGAGUACAUCAACGGCGGCAAGCGUCUCAACACGGUGGAUCAGGCGGAACUGCAAGAGGGUGCAGUUAAGCUGACCAUUAACGUAACGCCGGCCCUACAGUCCGAAAUCGAACAGGCGGCCGGAUUCGUGGACAAACUGACCUCGGACAUACAGAUGGACUAUCUGCACUUUACCGACUACGGAAAGGGGUUCAUCAAGACGCAGCGCAUGAGCCCGGAUAGCUACAUCCAGAUGGCCAUUCAGUACGCGUUCUAUCGCCUGCAUCGCACACCCGGCGCACACUACGAAUCGGCCCAUAACCGGAUGUAUCUGCACGGUCGCACCGAAACGAUACGCUCCUGCUCGGUGGAGUCGAUUGCUUUUGCACGCGCGAUGCUCGAACCGGGCCAGGACGGACGGACCAAGCUGGAAGCUAUGAAAGCUGCCAUAAACGCACACAAAGCGUACGUGUCGAUGGCCAUCCAAGGGUACGGCGUGGAUCGCCAUCUGCUCGGGUUGAAGCUUACCGCGAAGGAGCAUGGGCUCACGGUGCCGGAACUGUUCUCCGACCAGGGCAUUCAACGGAGCGCUCAUAUGCGGCUUUCCACGAGCCAGGUGGCAUCGCGGUACGAUGCAUUCAUGUGCUACGGACCGCUGACGCAGGACGGUUACGGAUGCUGCUACAAUCCGAAGGAGGACGAUAUGUGGUUCGGUGUGUCGGCUUUCCGCUCCAACAAGGAAACGGAUCUGGCACGGUUCCGGGUGAGCCUGCAGGAAGCGUUGCGUGAAAUGUACGAAGUGUUGGUUACGUACGGCGAGAAGCCUAAAGCCAAGCUGUAAACCACCUGACCUGGCGACCCCCCUCCUCCUCACAACGCAUCCAGUCUUUUCUGUUUUUCGAGCCUUUGCUGCAACAGUGGCCUAUGGAUGAAGGUUUUAGAAGUUGUUUUGAUUAAUUUUAAGUGAAAGUGUUUCUUAUCCUGUUGCCUUCUGGAGAGUGUAUCCUAACCAAUAAAACUGACUGAUUUUUCAAUAAAAUUCAACCGGUGAUGGGUUUUCUAGUAUUCUUCUAAA